AUGUUCGGUUCGUUUGGCAAUAAAACUAAUCAAACCUUUGGAACAUCUGCUUCUCCAUUUGGAGUCCAGCAACAACAAAACAACGCUGCCACAGCUACUGCUAGUAAUUUUAACAGCCCAUUUGGCUCAAAUACAGUAAGCAACACUGGUAAUUCACUAUUCGGUAAUACCAACAAUCUUGCAGGAAAUUCUGGUUUUGGUCAGAGUGGGACUGGCACAACCAAUCCACUCUUCUCCAGCGGUACACAAAAUAUGAGUGGUGCUAUGAGCAGUGGUACUAAUGUCAAACCAUUUACAGCCCAUCAAGAAAAAGAUCCAACAACGAAUGCUAUCAACGUUUUCCAAAGUAUUUCAUGCAUGCCUGAGUACAAAAAUUUUUCUUUUGAAGAAUUGAGAAUGCAAGAUUAUCAAGCCAACAGGAAAUUCAGUACUAAUCAGGGUGCACCACCAACCUUAGGUAACACAAAUCAACUUGGUGCCCUAUCAAGUACCACUGGCUCAUUUGGAAAUACCUUUGGGGGAAAUAGCCAAACUUCAGCAGGAGGCUUGUCAAAUCAACAAAAACCAACCAGUUUCGGUAACAAUUCUCUUGCUUUUGGUGGAGGAGCUAAUCAAAAUACUUUUGGAAACACAACCUCUUCCAUGAACUCACCUUUCGCCCCAAAACCUGCAUCUACGGGAGGUUUAUUCGGACAAACCAACAAUGCUAGUCCUUUUGGACAACAACAAAACAACACGGGCUUUGGUGCACCAACAACUGGCUCUGGUGCAUUUGGUACAGCAAAUACAUUUCCGCAAGGCGGUAGUAGUACGGGUGGGUUAUUCGGCAAUAAGCCAACAGCUGGAAGCCUUUUUGGCAACCAAGGCGCUCAACAGCCAAGUAAUGCAUUUGGUUCUUCAGGUGGUAGUUUGUUCGGUCAAAAUAAUCAACAAGCUAAUACUUCAAAUAGUUUGUUUGGUCAAAACAAUCAACAAAAUACGACUUCUGGUGGUUUAUUUGGACAAACCAAUCAGCAGCAACAAAAUGCGGGUGCUUUUGGCCAGAACAACAAUAACACAUUUGGAAAUCAACAACAAACAACUGGAAUGUUUGGAAACAGACCAACUUCAGGUGGUCUUUUCGGUCAGACCGCAACAACUCAAUCACAAGGCGGAAGUCUAUUCGGUCAGAGUAAUCAGCGUUCCUCUGCAGGUGGUCUUUUUGGUCAAAAUAACCAACAACAACAAAAUACUGGUCUUUUUGGACAAAAUAAUCAACAAAACAACACUACUACUGGUGGAUUAUUUGGUAAUAAAGCUCCAACAACGACUGGCCUUUUCGGACAAAACACCAGCCAACAGCAGCAACCUGGCGGUGGGUUAUUUGGAGCUCAGCAACAAGCUCCAACAGGUGGCUUAUUUGGACAAGGCAAUCAGCAACAGCAACCACAAGUGGGGGGACUCUUUGGCCAACAACAACAGCCUAAUGCUGGAGGUGGCUUAUUUGGCAGUAAUCCAACGACAACCACGACAACUAAUGGAGGACUCUUUGGCACAAAUAAUAAUACGACAAAUACUGGUUUGAAUGUUGGAUUUGGUGCUAAUACAACGGCAAAUACUCAAACAACUUUUGGGUCGAAUACUGGCGCCGGACUCUUUGGCAACAAGACUGCACCUGCACCGAGUGCUACGGGAGGCCUCUUCGGUAGCAGUAAUAAACCUGCUGCAGCUCCUGGUGGUGGAUUAUUUGGCAACACCAAUGCUGCUCCUGAUUCAACUGGUAUUUCUGGCGGCGGGCUCUUUGGCAGUAAACCAAGUACAUUUGCUGGCAACCCUUCGAUUGGUGGGGGGCUAUUUGGUAGCAAACCGGCUGUUUCUACUCUAGGUGGUAGCUCCGGUAAUAAUACUUUUGGCACUACCCUGAAUACAACGAAACCAUCCAUGAUAUUAGGCCAAAAUAACCAACAGCAGCUACAACAAAACGGUCUCCAGCCCAAUAUUGUAAAUAACAAUCCUUAUGGAACAGAAGGAGUUUUCGCUAAAAUUAAUCCAGCAACCAGAGGAAAUAAUGCUACAAGUCAGAUAAGUGUCGUUAAAAUUGGCGCCGAUAUGAAGAAAAAAACUAGCUUGUCAGGAGCAUACAAACUGGCUCCUAAACCGCUCUUUAGUUCCAAGCAAAGCUCAUUGACAAAUAAUUUCCAGGAAAAAUCUGGAAAUAGUAUUCUUUCAUCUGCUCAAAAUAACAAACAAGUUGAGUCAAAACCACUUUUACUGGGGGUCUCUUCCAAGAGUAAUACGGCGUCUAUCGCCAACGCAUCUGAAGUUGACAGUAGUAUCCUAUCAUCUGAUUCUUUGUUAUUUAAUCCGGACAAAAAAUCUUUUAAGAAUUUGAUUAUGCACAGAAAAUUGUUGGAAACUGAGGCGUCAAUUGAAUCUACAAUUGCAACAACAACAAAACAAAAUUAUCCAGAUGAAAAUGUGAAAAACGAGGAGGCUGCUAUAGAUGAUAAGGAAAAGACGAGUAGAAGUCUUGAUUUAAGUUCCAGAAAUACUACUGAAGUUUCGAAUAAAGAAUGCAAGAUAAAAGAAAAAGAAUCCAAUACAUUGAAUCCUGUUGAUAGAGAUCUGUCCUUUAUUGACGAGAACUACUUUAUUUCACCGUCUUUCGAAACGUUAUCAUCGCAGACUUUACUAGAACUACGUAAAGUUAACGACUUAGUUGUUGGACAUAAACUUUUUGGUAAAAUCGAAUUUCUCGAACCUGUUGAUUUGUCCAGUAUAUCUUUAUCUUCUCUUGGAGGACAAUUGAUCGAGUUUGAGUCAAAGUCUUUUGAGCUGUAUCCUAAUGAAAUUGAGAAACCAUCACCCGGAGAAGGACUCAAUGUGAGAGCAAGAGUUACGUGCUAUAAUUGUUUUCCCGUAGAUAAAGCGACCAGAGAGCCAAUCAAAGAUGCCAACCAUCAACUUGUCAAAAGGCACAUUAAUAAGCUCAAGAAAGUGCCAAAUUCUAAAUUUGAAAAGUAUGACACUGAAACGGGUGCUUAUACCUUUAUAAUUAACAAUACUGUUUGA